AUGGAGCGCGACGGGCCUUGCCUCGAUCCACUUUGUGAACUUGUCUACGGCGACAAGGAGCUAAAUGGCUUAGCCCGCUAUUUAAAACAUUGCUACUUCCACGCCUGCCGAAGAAACGUCGACGUCGCCCUCGACGCCUUGGACUUCCGACGGCGCCCCGCCGAGCGCCGCCCUGUGCUCCGCUUCAGCGACUACGACCGACGCGGCAGCUCCGCGGUCCACGCCUCCUGCGACGGCCUGCUGCUGCUGUCCCUCCCCAAUGGUACCUUCUACAUCUGCAACCCGGCCACGCGCCAGUGGACCAGACUGCCCCGCCUCCAUGGCUUUGCGAGGGGGCUCUACCGGCACAGCUCGUCGGGCGAGUACCGCAUCUUGUACAGGGGUUGGGGUCGUUUCGGCUGCUACUACGUCCGCACCGUGACCUCCGCGAAGCCAAGGUGCGUUGAGGCGCCGCCCAUUAUGGGGAGCGUUAGCACGCCGCCGGUCUUGCUCCAUGGCCGCCUUCACUGGGCCGUCCCCGUCAGCCGCUCGCAGGAAAAGGGUCUGGUUGUUUUUGAUACGGUUGCUGAAUCAUUCAGGGCUUGGCGGAUGUCUUGUCCAGCCGAUGGCAAUUGGCCAUGGGUGAAUCUGCUUGAGAUGGACGGCACGCUUGGCAUCACCCGUACUGAUGAGAGCAGCAUGGUACUGCAGCUAUGGGUGCUGCAGGACUACGAGACGGAGACAUGGUCACUCAAGUACCGGAUCCAACUUCCAAUAAUGGAGGUGGCGAGUAUCGGCCAGAAAUGCAGUUUCUUCAAUGCUUGCAGUGUGUCCAAGGAAGGGGACGUGCUGUUCCGGACCGACCUUUCUCGUGGUGACCUUUUUCACUGCGACAGCAAGGGCAAGUUGCUUCAGAAGCUCCACUGGGACCAUGUGUCUUCACAUGUUAGUGGACAGUGGUUCAAAGAAAGCCUCGUCAGGCAUGACUUGUUCGAGAGGCGAGAUGGCCUUCGUCGCGUGAGCCAGCCGCGGUUCUUUUCAGGACUCUCUAGUACUUUCGAGUAACUAGAGUAGUCCUGCACAAAAAAAAUUUCUGUCUAGGUUAUUGCUUGGGCAUCCUUUUGCUAAUAACCAACCAGCAUCUUGUUUACUUUGUCCAAUUGUGUGCGUCUAUAUGCAUGUACUGUG